AAAUUCAUCUUCUUCAUCCAUUCAUCUCGUUUCGUUAAUCAUGAAUUCGAUGUUUAGUUCGUUCGACGCCUUAUGCGCGGAAGUGAUGGGCCACAGUUUCAAGAACUCCUUUCCUUCUUUAAAGAACAACCCUGUUUCCAACGGCGAUCAACAACGAUCGGAGGAGGCCAACAUGAAGGGGAAACCCUCGCCGCCGCCGCCGCCAACUGCCGAUGGAACCGGCGGCAGGAAAAAGAAGGUGGUUAGUGCCAGAUUUGCGCCGGAGCUUGAUGGGUUAAAUUGCUUUGAGACGCUCGUGUCUUUCUAAUAAUGUAAUUAGUUAUGGAAUCACAAGAUCAUACGCUUAUAGAUUCUUUGAAUUUCAUUCCAUUGAUUUGAUUAAACAUAAUAUACGAAAUCAAAUUCUUUCUUAAUUAUCUCUCUUUUCUCUUUCUUCUUCUUGUUUGUGCUUAAUCAAGCGUACUACAGAGCUUUAUGUUAAUG